AUGGCGAUGAUGAUGACUGGCCGUGUGCUGCUGGUGUGUGCCCUCUGCGUGCUGUGGUGCGGUUUAUGUGGAGUUGCGGCCGAUGAUGUUUAUGUUCCUCCUGGUGAUAGUGGAACUUCCGGCAAAAAUGGAGUUGGGGUUGGUGUUCAGCCUCCUGUCCUAUCUGAGAGUCCUGGUGCUAAUGAGGAUCCAACGGAUAAAGAUACUGAGGAAAGUGAAGGUGGUUCCCUGGAGUCUGACGAUUUGGACAGCCAAUAUUUACUUACCGAAACUGUUAAGGAUGGUGUGGUGGCAGAUAUCUCUAAGGACGGUUUACCCCGUCAAGAAGAGGGCACCAUAGUUACACCGGGUCAGCCGGAACCAGUGCCUCGUGUUGAAUUGCCGUCCGAAGCAAAGGCAACAAGGCCACUCGCUCCGAAUCCGCAGGAACAGCUGCCCAACACACCAACGGAAGAUGAGCCCCUUAGCACAGGUCUCGGAGGGAACAGACCAUCUGGGGAACUUGCGGAAACGGCCUCUCUAUCUCCUUCAAAGGACGGCGGUGCUGCCAGCGAUCAAACUGCCGGAGGCACCACGGACAAAAGUCUGCACAAUGAUCCCCUGCCUGGGGCCGCGGUUACGGUGCAAAACCACCGUGAGGGAAACACGGAACUGAGCGAGGAAGCAAAAUCAACAAAGGCAACUGCCAGCACAACUGAUCCGGGGAGUACACAGAACAGCAGCAUCAACCCUGCAGCAGGACCCUCGGUGCUUCAAGAGGGGGUGGCUACUCGUGACGCCUCCCCCACACUAAAACCCGCGUCUCCUGCUGCUGGCGCUGAGGGUUCCGCUGGUACUCCUUCUCCAAUUGACACCUCGGGCAGCGCUGGUGUUAACUCUCCUGCUGGCAUUGCUGGCACCGGUGGCACGACGGAUUCCUCUUCUUCUGCGGCCUCGCGGGCGCCGGAUCCCGCUCCCUCUGGUGAACUUCCAGGCGCUGCACAUUCUGCUUCCGCUGCUUCUUCUGCUGCACCCGAAUCCCCACCAGAUACAAGGCCGACAGGAGGUGGCAGCCACUACUCCCAUGAUUCCCCAGUGGAGCUGCAGGAAGAGACUUCGGCUGCGCCACUGACUCAGUUUUCCCAGACCGGCGAGGACGGGAGUGCAGCGGAAGGCACCGAAGAGGACGCCGCCACAAGCACCAACGACACUGCUACCAGCGAAGGCAAUACUACGACGGCAAGCAUGCCGGCUCCUCUUUCCUCUGCGCCCACAACGAAGGCGCUGGAGAACCGUGUGGGAAAUGACGCCUGCUUUCAUGACACCCGUCUGCAUGCCCGGCUGCUGCUUUUUCUGGCGGCGCUCACGUACGGGACACUUGGUUGA